AUAUUGAGAAAUUGCAGUGUCUCAAGAUCACUAUGAGUUUAAUUUCUAAGAAACCUCUAUUGUAUACAGGUAUUUCCAAGGGAUGCUACUAUUUAAUUCAGUUGAUGCAUAAAAUAACAGGUAUAAAAGUAGAACACAUCUUGCUAUGCUUGAAAAAAAUUAGAUUAAAUACCACCUUUUCUGAACUAGAAGAUAAUUUUGGAAUGUCAUUAUCUUAUGCUAGUAAAAUAUUUUUACAAAAUGUACCUAUAAUAAGUAGUUGUUUGAGACCAUUUAUUGUACAAUUAGAUGACAGGUUAAUAAGGAAAAAUCUUCCAAUUGCGUUUAGACAUAAUUAUUAUAAUGUAAGCUGUAUCAUUGAUUGUCUAGAAAUUGAUAUACAAAAAUCAUCAAAGUCUCUUUAUCAGGCAAGUUCCUGGUCAGAGUACAAAAAGGGAAAUACUGCAAAGUACUUAAUAUCAUGUACACCUAAUGGGCUAGUUAACUACAUUUCUCAAGGGUUCGGGGGAAGAACAAGUGAUAUUGCUAUAGUAGAAAACUGUAACUUUUUAGAUGGAUUACAGCCGGGAACUGUUAUCUUAGCUGACAGAGGCUUCAAACAUUUGGAACAGAUACUUCAUCAAAAGGGUAUUAAACUAUUAAGGCCACCCAGUGUAAGUGGUGGUGCAAAGCUAUCAAAAGCUGAAGUCCGCCUAACUAAAAUAAUUGCUAGCUUGCGAAUUCAUAUUGAAAGAGUAAUAAGGCGAUUAAGAGAAUUCCAUAUGCUAAAGCAACAUUCAGUGAUAAAUACUAAUACUCUUCGGCUACUAGAUCAUGCCGUUAUUAUUGCAUGUGGUCUAAUUAAUUUGCAGGAUUCGCUUAUAAGAUAA